AUGCAGACUCUCUGGAAGAUCGGCAUAUUUCUCGUCGCUAUUCAGCGAGCAUCUGCAGAUGGCAAUUUUGCGUCGAGCUGUCGGAAUGUGACUCUGUCACAAGCCGGACUCUUAGAGGCUCAAUGCUAUGAUUCUUACCAGGAAAUCUGGGUACAUACGGCACUAAAGCUUCAAGACUGCUACGCCAACUACAAUGUGGUGACGAGAAUUGCACGAUGAUUCAAAUGCAAGAUAAUAGGUAUUUUCUUAGUUUAGUGAUAUUGGGCUGUGGAGAGAACAAACCAAGCUUCCAAUUGUGAUCAUAUCAAUUUAGAGUGCAGGAUUACCUUGUAUUAGCUUAUACGUUUCGGCCUCUAAAUCCUAUAAGUUCUAAUAGGUGUUUCUGAAUCAUUCUACAGUUCAUCAAGGCAGUAUAACUCAUGCAGCAGCAGAAAUUAAACGGCUGAAGCCAAAUG